CUCACUGUGGGUUUAACCAGGAGUCCUGGGCUGGUGUAUCCCAAAGGUCUCUGAAUCCCCUCCCCGGGAUGGGGAGGUCGGAAACCCCGCAGGCAGGGGCUCUUCACCCCUCCUGCCCCGUCGGGGUGUGAGGAUUCACCCAACAAGCGCCCGCGCAGAAAGAUGAUGCCAGCAGGUGAAUUACUUCCAAUAAUGGGAAAUCUAGGGCUAAGCACUUUUGGCAGACCUGGGUGUUUUCUAAUCCCCUCCUUCCUGGGGCUGCAGCAGAGCGAUGUUCUGGUUCAUUCAUGGGCUGUGCAACUCCCUCUGUUUUGCUUUUCUUUUUUGCUUUAAUCCUAAUGAAGUGUCUUGUCUCUAAUAGCAGGCAAGACUUUCUCGUUAAAGCUCCGUUCACCGGGCGUGCAGGACCUGCUCUGUUAGUUUUGCUGUGAUCUCGGGUGUUUUGGGGGAGCAGCGCUGCACUUGGAAGUGGAUUUAUUUCCACGCCGGCUUUUCCCCCAGGCCAAGCCGUGCCAGUGCACAGCCUCCCACGCAGGCAUGCCGGCUCUGGCGUGGGCUUUUAGACCCAGCCUAAGCAAACUGCGGUGGACACGGGGAAGGGGUGUCGGGCCACAUGGGGCAAAUCCCUUCCAAGACACCACAAAGAGCUGGGGAGGGAAGGGCUACUCAGAGCCAGCACUACAUAUGAGAAACUCCUGUUGUCACGUGAAUCAGAGAGGAAAGUAUUUCACUCCUGGGCUAGCAAACACCUCUUUCCAUUUAAUCAGUAUAGAAAACAAGGCUGAGAUCACCUUUGCUCUUUGCCUUUUCACUUGAAGCAGCUGGGGGUGAGCAGAAAUCAUCCGGGACCAGGUGAAACACUUGGAAAGCUUUGAAAUUGUGCGUGAGAACGGCUGUUUGAGGUUGGAAUGUGCCGAGCAGCCCCAGCCUGGGAAACCUCGGGGAAAAGCAGCAGAGAGAAGGGGAUUUGGGGUCACUCGCCCAUUUGUUUGCAUUUAGCAAAUCUCAGUGGGGCCGCCUGGCUGUUUGGGAGCUGCUGACCCGGCCUCGGAGCUGCGUGUUGCAGCAAUCACAUGGGCUUUGUUUGUGUUGGGAUGGGAGAGCUUAGGAAGCAGGUUGGAAAAGCUUAGGGGCUUUUUUUUCUUGCUUUUCUGAAAGGGAAACCCAUUGUUUUGUGCGAGCGCCAGGAGAGCUUUGCGCUUUCCUCUGCGCCGCCAGAGCUUAAAAAUCCCUUCUCAAAUUCCUGCCUAGAACUAGCAUUUCUCGAGGGUUAAAAAUAGUGAGCCGUUUAGCAAAGGAGUGUAUCCAGCCCCAAAAUGAGGUUGUGUUCCUUGGCUCUCGGGGAAGCUCACCCUGCAUUACUCACAACAGUAAUGACGUAGCUUUGAAAACUUGUCGUUUGAUGUUUCAGGACUGAGAGCUGCCUCAAAACAAACUCAGCUGAACUCCGGCUAAAUAAAGAGGCCGUGCUUUCUACCUGCAGUAUUAUCUUUUAAGUUGUGAAUAGGGUUUUUGUUUUCGGAAGUUAAUUUAGCUGAAAUUCCUGUCUGGCAUGAUGCCUUUGCUUUCUGAAAGCAGCAGGGAGAUUUGCCACUGCGCUCGGGAUUUCUGUGUGCCCGUGAAAUCCUUGGGAGGCUCAGAAAAAGCAUCUGUUUGUGACAAUGCUGAUGGAAAUGGAGGUGUGAGGCCGUACCCGUCCCAGCACCCCGAGCGCAGCGUGGCCACCGCUGGCCACUGGCCCCAGCCCCGCCACCAGCCCUCCGCCGGCCCCCUAGGACGCAUUAAGUUCAACCCCACGGUGCGGCACAUCGUGAUUAACGAGCACAGGGAUGUCACGUUUAAUUGCUCCAUCAAAGUGCCUCAGCUGCUGCUCCGGCCGGACACCCCGGGCAUUUCUCUGUGGAAGGAUGGGAGGGAGCUGCUGGACCGCAUCUCCACCAGCCACUUUGAGAUCUCGGAUGAGGAGGACGUGGCCAUGACCUCCACCUUCAGCAUCCUUGCGGCCACGCGCUCGGAUAACGGCUCCUACGUCUGCAAGCUCAACAUCUCUGGUGUGGAGGUGGUGUCGGAUCCCAUCGCGGUGCAGCUGGAAGGGCUCCCGCACUUCAUUCGCCAGCCCGAGAAGCUGAACGUCACCAAGAACAGUCCUUUCAACCUCACGUGCCAAGCCGUGGGCCCGCCGGAGCCCGUGGAGAUCUACUGGUUUCGCAACAAUGUCCGAGUCAACGAGAAGCCCCACAUCUCCCCGUCGGUCCUGACCGUGCCAGGUGUGAAUGAGACGGCGCUGUUCAGCUGCGAGGCUCACAACAGGAAAGGGCUGACGGCGUCCAACCCGGGGCAGGUCAACGUGAAAGGAAUACCAUCCGCACCCACCGGGCUGCGUGUCCUCAACCAGACAGGCCACAGCAUCGUGAUAUCCUGGGUGCCGGGCUUUGAUGCGUUCUCUGCGCUGAACAGCUGCAGGGUGCAGGUCAAGGAAGCCGUUCCGCGGAGCAACGCCUCGCUGCUGCUCUUCAACACCACCGUGCCGCCCCACCUGUACCGCGUCCCGCGGCUGGAGCCCAUGCUGGGCUACGACCUGCGCGUCUCCUGCGGGAAUGAGGUGGGCUGGUCGGCAUUCAGCCCCUGGAUAACCGCCAGCACCACCGAGGCAGCACCGACCACCCCACCGCUCAACGUCACGGUGUCGUUCAAUGAAUCCAGCUCCUUGCUGGAGAUCCGCUGGGUGAAGCCACCGCUGGGGAGGAUCCAUGGGGAACUGCAGGGCUAUCGCCUCUGGUACAGCUGGCAGAGCUCCAAGGGGCUGCAGAACGUCUCCGCUGAAGUGCAGCCCAACACCAGCGUGGCCGUCCUGCCCGUGCUGGCCACCAAUGCCACCUGCUCCAUCCGCGUGGCCGCUGUCACCAAGGGGGGAGCGGGGCCGUUCAGCAGCCCGGUGGAGGUUUUCAUCCCUGGCAGCGGGUUAAUAACCUCAGCCCCCUCUUCGACUCCAGCCUCCGGGAACGCCGACUCCUUUGUGGUGCUCCUGGGCUUCAUCUGCGGGACGGUUGCCGUCGGGCUGGUGCUCUGCUUGUCCAUGGUCAUCCAGAAAAGAUGCGUGGAAACAAAAUACGGGAACGCGUUCCGCGGCGACGACCUGGAGCUGGCGGUCAGCUACACGGCCAAGAAGUCCUACUGCCGGCGAGCUGUGGAGCUCACGUUGGGCAGCCUGGGCGUCAGCAGCGAGCUCCAGCAGAAGCUGCAGGACGUCGUGGUGGACAGAAGCGCCCUCAGCCUGGGGAAGGUGCUGGGAGAGGGGGAGUUCGGGUCGGUGGUGGAGGGGCGGCUCACGCAGCCCGAGAAUGCCCCGCAGAAGGUGGCUGUGAAGACCAUGAAGCUGGAUAACUUCUCCCAAAGGGAGAUAGAGGAGUUCCUCAGCGAAGCAGCGUGCAUGAAGGACUUUGACCAUCCCAACGUCAUCAAGCUCCUUGGCGUGUGCAUCGAGCUGAGCUCCCAGCAGGUCCCCAAGCCCAUGGUGAUCCUCCCGUUCAUGAAAUACGGCGACCUGCACAGCUUCCUGCUCCGCUCGCGGCUGGAGAUGGCCCCGCAGUUUGUGCCCCUGCAGACGCUGGUGAAGUUCAUGGUCGAUAUCGCCCUGGGGAUGGAGUAUCUGAGCAGCCGGCAGUUUCUCCACAGGGAUUUGGCGGCUCGAAACUGCAUGUUGCGGGACGACAUGACGGUGUGCGUGGCCGACUUCGGCUUGUCGAAGAAGAUCUACAGCGGCGAUUACUACCGCCAGGGCCGCAUAGCCAAGAUGCCGGUGAAGUGGAUCGCCAUCGAGUCCCUGGCUGACCGCGUCUACACCACCAAGAGCGACGUGUGGGCAUUCGGCGUGACCAUGUGGGAGAUCGCCACCCGAGGGAUGACGCCCUACCCGGGCGUGCAGAACCACGAGAUCUACGAGUACCUGUUCCACGGGCAGCGCCUCAAGAAGCCCGAGGACUGUUUGGACGAGCUCUACGAGAUAAUGUCUGCGUGCUGGAGAGCCGACCCCGCCGCCCGGCCCACCUUCUCCCAGCUCAAAGUCCACCUGGAGAAGCUGCUGGAAAACCUGCCUGCCCUCAGGAGCUGCGGGGACGCCAUCUACAUCAACACCAGCCUGCCCGAGGAGAGCCCGGAUUCCACCCAGGACUCGGGUUUCCCCCAAGCGGACUCUGAUCUGGAGCCCGGGGAUGUGUCGGAGCCAGCGCUGGUGGCCGUGGAUGUGGAUGUCCACCCGUGGGGGUCACGGUACGUGCUGGAGGAGCAGGUGGCCGUCCCCAACGAGGAGCCCUAUGUCCCGCUGCUGCCCGACGGGGCGGCCACCGAGGGCUCGACGUGGAGCCGAGCCGAAACCUUGCCCGUGGGCACCGCGCUCUGCCCGCAGGACUCUGAAGUGCUGCUGUGAAACGGGGGAGCCUGUAGAGAAACAAAAGGACACAGAGGGUUUUAUUUUAAUAAACAGCCGCCUGGUUUCGUUC